CGGUCGUUCAUGGGGGGGCUUAAAGAUGGUGGGCUGAUUAAAGUAGAUUAUGAUGGAGCGGGGAGGAAGAGAGAGUGUGCUGGAAUCAGUCUCUGGUUAUCACAGCAAUGGCUUCACCGUGGAAACGCUGCAUCCUCUUCCUCCUCCUCCUCUUCCUCCUCUGUCUGCAGACGUCCUCUUGUCUCCAUCGGCAACAAACUGACAGUGCUGCUAUCUCUCCAUGUCUUGAUGAAAGGAGCAAUGAAAAGAUGAAGACGGAGGAGCGUUUGAUUCCUUCAGAGCAACAACUGAGUCGGCAGCAGUCACCAAACGGUUCACGGAGGAAGUUGCUUCAGAUGUCAGGGGCUGUAGUUCCCUUCCCUCCUCUCAAGGUGUUGUCCAAUGGGGAGCCGUGUGUCUUGUUCCAGGCCAGGAAGCUCUCCCUCCGCUUCGAUAAACAGAAACAGCUGGACCUGACGGAACAAGCCUUCUCUCCACAGAAACCUGUCGACACCAGUCAGUCCGUCUGCCGGCAGGACAAAGCCACGCUGGUCAUGAGGUUUGGAGACGUGGAGGAUCUGAGAGGUCUCUCCAUCAGCCUGCAACUGUCCAACACAUUCUACGAGUCCUCGGGUCAGUGGUGGUUCUCGGUGGACAGCGUCUCGCUGCUCUACAACAGCUCUGAGGAGGCAGUGUUCAACGCCAGUGACGUUUACGCUCCAGCCUCGUCCUCCUAUCGCUGCCUCCACGUCAGCAGCCUGCAGCGAUACAGCGCCCUGCUUCUGCCCAGCACCGACCACGCCAGCCGCUGGUCUGUCACCUUCACUGACUUCCAGAUUCAGGCGUUCAACGUCUCCUCCGGUAAGUUUUCCCCUGCCACUGACUGCGCUACCUUCCUGACGCCAGCCAUCCUGAUGGGCCUCGUCACCUCCCUCAUCCUGCUCCUCGUCCUGGCCUACGCCCUGCACAUGGUCGUCCACCUGAAACACAUCGAGCACGACGACGAACACAAGUCCGACGUCUACUUCCCAGAAUUCCCAGAAGAAGAGCUUGAGCACUGUGAUAUGGAAACCAUCACUGAGAAAAGUGUUCUGUAGAGUUAACAGGGGGAUAGUUAGAGGCUGCUUAUAAAAGAGAGAGACGACUGAUUUGAUUCCUGGCACCAAACUUAUGAAGUGAUAUACAUCCAGCUUAGGAUUUACUUUUUCUAAAAAAUAUGUAUAGUCUUUUGUAAUUUACCUAUUUAAUUUAUGUAUUUGUCUUUAUAACAAAUUUAAUAAAAAUAUGAAUAAAAAAUGAUCUUUUAUUGUUGUUAAUCGUG